AUGACAACGUCUGGCACGCACGCUCCACAAGCACACGUUGCUUGGUACGGAUCCUCGACUUCUUCUGUGAUGCAAUGUGAUCAGCUCAGCCAUUACUUAGACAAUUUUAAGAUUCACUACAACAAGAAGAAGAAAGGACCAUACAAAGAAGCCAUAAAGCAGGCCACCAGCGAAGCCCGCGAAACCGCCGAAAACAGAGUGCGACAACCCCUAGCCGACUCACCCUCACACAAUAUCAUCCAAGUUGUCCCCCCGGCACUUGCCUCGCCCAGAGAAAUCGAUGUCGUGUCUUAA